AUGACUGCGUGUGGGAAUAUGCAAAGAAGCUGACAUGAAAGUAUCUCCCCAGUGUACCCCCUAUUUGAUACAUACAUAGGAGUGUGUGUGUGUGUGUGUGUGUGUGUGUGUGUGUGUGUGUGUGUGUGUGUGUGUGUAAAAAACUGAAAAUGAGGUCUUGAAUGUAAUGUAAAAUACUGUGUGUGUGUUUAUUUAUUAACAUGUGUGUUAUGCCCUUCAGAUACCCCAGAGGACCUUCUCCUCCCUCUGUUCUCCUAUCUCUGUCAUAUGUAUGAGUGCAGUCAUAAUUGCGAUGCGUAUUUCCAUUAUAUUCAUAUUUACACCCGACUCCUGAGGUAGAAUAUUAUUAUCCCAACUGUCUCAUUCUGCUGCUGCUGCCAUACCCUGGGGUCACAGACAGACAACUCUGACUUCAUAAUGAACAACACACACACACACACACACACACACAGACACACUUACACCAGAGAGUGAGGUUCAUACCAGCAUCUCCGCUGCCUCUGGCUACAGAUAUAGCUGUGUGUGUGUGUGUGUGUGUGUGUGUGUGUGUGUGUGUGUGUGUGUGUGUGUGUGUGUGUGUGUGUGUCUCUUCCUCUCUCUAAGAUGUGGGGGGCUUCUUUGAGGCGGGGACUCUGGUGAGAUACAACUUCCUGUCAGAGACAGCGGCAGCCAAUCAGGACACGAGGUUUCUGGCCCAACCUUUGACUCCACAGGAAGUGAAUCUGACAAGAGAAGAAGUAGCAUUUAGCUUCAGCACGUCCAACACACCGGCUAUACUGCUGUAUGUCAGCUCCAAGACACAAGACUACCUGGCACUGGUGCUACGGCAGAAUGGUGAGACACUGACACGUCUAAUAAGACACACGCUCACAGACACACAUCGGCUCUGCCGCUCUUCGCUUCUCAGAUAUGUUGCAAAUGCAGUGUCUAAGGUCUCUCCAUUUGUGUGUGUAUGUGUGUGGUGUGGUGUGUGUGCAUGUAGGAACUCUCCAGGUGCGGUAUAACCUAGGCGGACUCAAGGAGCCGUUCACCAUAGACGUGGACCAGCGUAACCUAGCCAACGGACAGCCACACACUAUCAACAUGUCCAGAAGCAACAGGACUAUCACCAUACAGGUACACACACACACACACACACACACACACACACACACACACACAAACCAACCAUUCUCUCCGCCAUCAAAGCAUUGUCUGUGAUGAUUUCAGACAUGUCCAUUUUAAGCCACAAGAGGGAGACAAAAGCCUCUAAUUGUCUCAGGACUUGAAGAAUUGACAAUGGCUUGAUGCUUCAUGGAUAUGCUGAUGAUUGACUAUGAAAAACCUCCAAUGGUUUGCAUCAUGAUCUCCUCUCCCCUUCCUUUCCCCUCCUUCUCUCACUCUCCCCCCUCUAGUUGGACCACUACCCCCCUGUCAGUUACUCUCUCCCAGAGGCAUCAGACACACAGUUCAACCUGGUCAAGACAUUAUUCUUGGGGAAAGUAUUUGGUGAGUACAGGCACCUCAAAUGUGUAUUUGACCCGUCUGCUUGGCCCUGGCAGAGACAAUAG